UACGCGGCCGUGAGGGCUAAGAGCGGUGCCGGUGCUGGCGAGACACAGCUUGCAGCCCCGCUACCCUUCAGGUGCCCGAACAUGACAGCUAAGCAGGCUUUGUUGACCCAAGGCAUCCCUUCAUAACCACACUAUUGCCUUCUGGAGACUUCUGCAGAACAGAAGGGAAUGGUCAGGAAGCAAAGAUGAUCUCCUUCAAGCAACUGCCUCUUGAAGUAAAGGCUGCAGUGGCUGCAGGAGUGGUUUUCUUCUCCAUGAUGCUAUCGCGGAGUUAUCUGGCAGAACAACUCGAGCUCAGGACGCGGCGUUGGCUUCUAAGGCUGCAGAUGGCACUAUUUGCUAAUGCACUCAUGUUGAUAGGAUCUCUUCAUGUUUGGAGAAGCACAGUCACCGCAUUCUCCAGGUCUCCAGCUGCCAGCUCCUUGUGUUUCAUGCCGUGGAAAAUAGCUGUGUUCAUGUUUCUAGCUUUGGCUCAUUCAAGCUUCUUUACGUUGCUAUUUCUUGUUGCAGAAGAGCCCUAUUUCUUUUCUUUAGCUGCCUACACUUGCCUGGGGGCCUAUAUCAUUCUUAUCUUCUUCCUCUUCACUCUAGGCUCUGUAGAGCAGGCUUACAAGUUCUUGGCUGGGAGAGGAGCUAAGGCAGGUACUGGCAACAAGAACAGUAGAACAGCGAUGAAACCAGUUUUGGCAGUCAUGCUGACUGUUGUGCUGACUGUUGUUGGGCUGUUAAAUGCUUCCCAGCCUCCCACUGUGAAUUCAGUGGAGGUUCCAGUUCACAAGCUGCCCUCAACAAUGAAUAAUCUGAAAGUGGUGUUGCUUUCAGAUAUCCAUCUUGGGCCUACAGUUGGGAAGACCAAGCUUGCCAUGAUUGUGAGAAUGGUUAAGGCUUUGAAACCAGAUAUCACUGUGAUUGUUGGGGACCUGACUGACUCUGAGGCAGAGAUCAUACGACCUGCUGUUGAGCCUCUUGGAGAACUUAACUCCCCUUUGGGGACUUACUUUGUCACAGGAAACCAUGAGUACUACACAUCAGAUGUUAGCAACUGGUUUGAGCUGUUAAAAUCAUUUAACAUUCAGCCGCUCCAUAAUGAGAAUGUGAAGAUUGUUUCACCUGAGAGCACUGAUGACUGGUUCUGCCUGGCUGGUGUUGAUGAUAUUGAAGCAGAUGUAUUGCGCUACUCAGGGCAUGGUAUGGAUUUAAAAAAAGCUCUCAGAGAUUGUAGCAGCGAGCAUGCAAUAGUGCUGUUAGCUCAUCAGCCAAUUGCUGCAAAGUGGGCCCUUCAGGAGAGACCAGACAUAAAUUUAAUUCUCUCUGGCCAUACUCACGGAGGGCAGAUGUUCCCACUAAAUGCUGGGGCUUAUUUUCUGAAUCCCUUCUUUGUUGGCUUGUACAAAGUUGGGCAGAACACCUUUGUCUAUGUCAGCCCGGGGACAAUGUACUUUGGAAUACCCAUGAGGCUGGGCAGCAGAGCUGAAAUAACGGAGAUAAUUCUACGUUCUCCUUGAGGAGUUUUCUGUUUGACAGACUUCUACCAUCCUUUUUGGUCAGUAUAUUGGCUCUUCUGCUCUGAAAGCAAAUCCUUUUUCUGGGAAGCCAGAGAAAUGUGUUAGAGUGGACUUUAGCAGGUUCUGUUAAGUUUAAGCAGAAAACACUAACUGUAUUUUGGGCCUAUGAAACAAAUCAGGGGCAUGUUAAAAUACCGAAGAAAUUAAUUCUUUGAGUUCAUUAUUUUUGAGGUUCUGCAUUUAAAGAUAACACUGAUGUCAUAGAGAUAAUGUAUGUCCUGUGCAUGCUUAGAAAUACCUGUGUCCUGCAGCUACUUCAUAUUCCUCUGUUCGUUAUCCAUUACACAGCUGCCUUAUCAAAUCUCAGACAGGUGAAGUUCUGAUCUCUUGCAGUGAAAUCAUUCAUACAUGUUUUGCAGAAGGUACUACAGAGUGUCCACUGAGUAUGUAAACUCUGGAAGCCUUGCGCUAGAAAAGUUACAGGAAGGGAAUAGUUUUGAUUUUUUUUUUUUUUUUUUAAAUUGAGAUUGGAUAUCUUUAUCCUGCUAUCUGUCUGCAGCAUGCACUAGGGCUUCCAGUCUGAGCUGCUUACCAGUACAGUAAGGUGCCAGGCAUCAGUUCCUGAAAUUCAAUCUUUUCAAGUUUAAAAGCUGUGGAGACUGAUACCAAAGAAUGAAUGUCUUUCUGCAGGUAUUUUCCCCAGAAUAACUGGGCAUCUAGUAAUUACUGAAAAUGGCUCUAGUAAAAGAUCAUGAGAAAGAAAACUAGUAAUUACCAUAACUUCUGUUGCUGUCAGAGCAUACAGUACCUGCUGAUGUAAAGCAAAAACCCAAAGAUGAAAUGCUAAGUCUCUUGUCAUUCUGUAUUUUUUGUUUAUGCUUAAUUUCUCUUCUGUGAUUUUUCUCGUACAAGACUAAGGAGAUGCUAUUUGAAAACAAUGCAGAUAGGUUAAUACUUGAAUUUUGUUUAAGAUUUUAAUAUUUCAGUUAAAUGGUGUCCUUUUUAAGAAGGCUAAACUCUGCAGCAGGUGACUUUUCUUAAUAGCAUUUGUGCAUUAAUGUCCUGGUUGUCUGACAGGCACAUAGCAGAAUAACUGCUACAGGAUAACGAGGGAUGGAGAAUUUCUCUGUCCUUCCUAGAAGAACUUAACACAAGAUAAUUCUGGGAAGUUUGCGAGAUUAGAAAAUAUUAAUAAAAACAUUCUUGCUUCCAUAUCUUUGUGUUCAUCUAAGAAAGCUAGGUCGUAAAUUAAUGUGCGUAUAUUGUCACGGCUGAUGAAAGAGUUUACUUCUGUGCACCUUUCUCCUCCCCUUCCACCUUGGUGCUGCUGUAUGAAACGCCACGAAUGAUAGAAGUGUGGGAGUCCUGCCUCUGACUCUGAGGUCUCCAGCUGUAGCCGUAGGGUCUCCCUUGCUCUGCUUUUCUGCCCACCAGUACCCGGGUUCCUCUCGGGAUGACCUGAGUAGCAUGGGGCAAGAGAGAUCAGUGCUUGCAUAGGAGGAUGAGGAUAGCAAGACCAGAUCUACGGUGUUCAGUCUUUUCCUGCCUUCCUCUGUGAUCCUGAACCAGACAUGCCUCUUCUGUUUUAUUCUUCAGCUCCUCUUCUCAUUUUGCAGGAGAGGUGUGUGGGUGUAUUUGAAAAGUACCAUAGGUUUUGAAAAGUUGAGUUUUUCUGUAAGUAAAAUUUUGAAGUUUCACUUCAUCCACUCCCUUCAGCCCCCCACCAGGCAGUUUCUACCUGCUAAGCUGUUUUUGUAUCCUGUCCCGCUGUACAAACAUCUUGCAUUUUUACUCACAGGAAUAUUGAGAAAUACUGUAAAUGUGUCAUGUGUGCUGCAAAGUUGGUGGAAGAGCUGGAGAAGUCAGUUCUCUUUUAGUCUGAGAACUGAACACCUGACCAGCCAGGCUCUCUAUUUGCCAGACUAGAAAAUUUCUGUUUCCCAGCACCUGUAAUUUUGUAAACUUUUUUAUGCUUGUGCAAUAAUAUCUGCUUAAGUAUCCUAAAGUUUCCAUGUGUAUUUAACACUGCCCACUGCCUGCACGGGGUCCUUCUGAGGUUCUUUCUCAUCAGUGGGUAGUGCCAAAUGGUCUUAUGUAGAGAGAAUCUUGAUAGCCGUGAUACCCUCUGUUGACUUAUCAACAUGCCUUCAGUUAAAAGCUGUGUUCUGGGUUUAGUAGUGCAGAGUAUUCCCUCUAGGCCAGUGGUCCAGGAAGAUAGCUUUUCAUUUGUUAUGCAGAGGGUUAUUACUGUGUUAAGAAGACUAAUUGUUAAGUAAGUUUCCUUAUCGGGAGGCUUUUGUGGGACUGGUUUUAAAUGGUGUUAGUUUCCCAGUGAGUUGCUGGUAUUAUUUUUUUUUUCCUACCCUUCUUAUUUCUCUCAUUCUGUCCAAACGUGUGCAAAAACCUAGCUGAAGUGGUCCUUCCAUCCCAGGGGUGCAUAGAUGACUUCUUCAUUAAUUUGUAUGUGCCCUACUUUGAAGAUCUUUGUGUAUCCUUUUAGGAGUGGUCAUAUUAUCAUUUCAUAAAUGUAUUGAGUUCUCCCAAUGUAAUUUAGUUCUUGGUUUUUUUUCUCUAGUGCCCUCCUUCUGAAAGCUUGUUGCUCGAUGAUUAGUUAUCACUUAAAAUGUUUUCUUUCUGUGCCAAAACACUUCAAAGCCUUUUCUUAUUUUCCUUUUUUUUUUUAACACAUGAAUGGAAAGUAUCCUAGAUCAACUUUCUUUUUGUUAGUAAGAGGAAUUAACAUUUUCUGAAAUCUUUCUAAGAUAGCAAUGCCUAAUUGUCCUUCAAGGGUUUUUCUAUACUUUUUCCAAUUUGACUUGAAUAUGCAUGAUUUAGACCUGUGUUCAGUAUUCCAGAUGAAAAAAAAAAUUGCUGUGCUGCUUAUUUUGUAAUUUUUGAUAUUUUUUUGUAAAGUUUUUUGUGUGUGUGUGGAAUGUAUUUGAUCUGAAAAACUUAACUAAAUGAAUAUAUUUUUCUUCCUAUAGAAGGCCAGUUCACUGGGGGGGGGGGAGGGGGAGAGAGUUAAUCACUGUCAGAAUAAUACCAGAAUAGAUUAGUAUCAUCGCUUUGUCAAAGUUAUUACAUUAUAUAAUCAGUAUAGAAUGGAUUUGAAAAUAUGUAAAUGGUGGUAUAACAAAUGCUUUAAAUGAUGGGAUUUAAUAAAACUUUCUUUCUUGAUAAGCAAA